CAGGUUUCAUCAGCAGAAAUCUUUUAGUUUAUGUCCUUUCACCUAUGCAAUGGCCGCCAGUGAUCAACAAGUCAGAACCUCAGAGACUCAGCUGUUGCCCAAUCAGGUGCUCUCCGAGCAGCAGUCCCUGGUCGUCAUGAAGAAGCUUCUGGCCAUCGCGGUGUCCGGCAUCACCUACCUCCGGGGCAUCUUCCCAGAGAAAGCCUACGGCAGCAAAAAUGUUGCAGAUCAGAAAGUGAUGAUCCUCAGAGAGGAGCACAGCUGUCCGGGUGCCAUUCAGGUUGUGCAAUGGAUGCAGGGAUGCUUUGAGGCCAUCCAGAAGAAGUAUCUGCGGACCGUCAUUAUGUCUAUUUACACUGACCCAGAGCACCCUGAGAAAGUGACUGAAUAUUACCAGUUUACGAUCCGUUACACAGCAGAGGGAGCGCAGAUGGAAUUUGAAAGCAAGAACGACAACCAGGUGUCGGCGAUGUCGUGCGGCAACACAAAGAAGGCCAGCAUCCUGCUGGUGAGGAAGCUGUACACCCUGAUGCAGAACCUGGGUCCGCUGCCAGACAACGUCUGCCUCAACAUGAAGCUGUCCUACUACGAGAACGUCACUCCUCAGGAUUACCAGCCGCCCGGCUUCAUGGAGGCCAACGGCGACACCAUGGUGUUUGAGAAAGAGCCGGUGAGGCUCACCAUGGGCGAGGUGGCCACUCCCUUCCACACUUUGAAGAUGGACAUGACCACAGAGAGACAAAGGCUGGAGGAGGUGAAUGUGGAGGAGAGAGUUCAAGGGUCGGAGAAGUGGGUCCUGCAGAUGGAGGAGGAUGGCGUCGUGUCGAAGGCCCAUGUGAUUGAAGACGUGAAGAGGCCCGACAACGAGGACACGGACCUGGACAACACCGAGAUCCAGAUGAGCUGUUAUGAGAAGAUCAAGAGCUGCGAGAAAGCCAUAGAGAUGGACACGGAGGUGAAGAAGUCGCCCAUCGCUGAGAACCUGAGGAGGACCCGGAGCGGACGGGUCAUCAGGUCCACCACGCAGGCAAAACUGACCGUGAACACCAAGAAGUCGACAUCCUUGAAGGACAAAAGUGUCUCUCGGUACGAGAUCCCCACCAGCCAGGAGACGCCGUCCACCUCCGCGCUGGAGAAUCGCCGCAAAUUCAGCGAGCCCAAGGAACGCUUCUGACCUCACGCCUCACCGCCGCCGCCGAAGUAUUGAUUUACAUUACACGUUUUUUUUAAAUGUCGAUUUUUUACUAUGCAAGGGCGUUUUUUAAAAGAGUGGUUCCCAGUUCUUUUAAAAAUGUUUUGGGGGAUGUGAUACAAGUUCGAGUUAGAAUACUGAUGAACAAAUGAGUUAUAUUCACGCGUUG